AAAAAUCCGGUUAAAAUCCGUAGUAACAACAAUGAUGUCUUUCCCCAAUGCGACUGAGAAACCAAUGUAAGACAAAAUAAAAAAUAGAACCGCUUCAGUAACUUAUCGUCUUUCCAUUUCAAAUUUCUCAAACACACCAACCGCUUUCUUGUUGCAGUUAGGUUGGUUGGUGUAGCCAUGGCGUCUUCCUUCUCAACUCAAUUACUUCAAUCUCAGUACGCACUUUCUCAUCUUCAGGGUAAUUUUAGCCAUGAUGUGUCUCUGGUUCAAAGGUCACAAAAGGUAUCACGGAUUGGUUACAGUAAAUCAUUACCAUCAAAAUCACAUUUUUCUUUGAAGUUUUCAACCACACAACGAUCUGGACCAAGAUCAAUUAGAUAUAGGAGAGUUACAUGUGCUGCUGCUGCUGCUGAAAAUGUUCAAGAGCUGCAAGCCAAAGUGACUACCAAAUGCUUCUUUGAUGUAGAUGUUGGGGGUAACGCUAUCGGCACAAUCGUUUUGGGCUUGUUCGGAGAGGUUGCUCCUAAAACAGUUGAAAAUUUCCGCGCUUUAUGCACAGGAGAGAAAGGAUAUGGUUACCAAGGAUCCUCCUUCCAUCGCAUAAUCAAAGAAUUCAUGAUUCAGGGAGGGGACUUCACUGAAGGAAAUGGAACCGGUGGAAAAAGUAUCUAUGGUUCUAGUUUUGAAGACGAGAGUUUUGCGUUGAAACAUGUUGGUCCUGGAGUUUUGAGCAUGGCUAAUGCGGGUCCUAAUACCAACGGUAGUCAAUUUUUUAUUUGCACUGUAAAGACUCCAUGGUUAGAUGAUCGACAUGUUGUAUUUGGACAUGUGAUUGAUGGAAUGGAUGUUGUGAGGACACUUGAGUCUCAAGAAACAAGCAGGUUAGAUAUCCCUACAAAGCCUUGCAGAAUUGUUAAAUGCGGAGAAUUGCCUCUAGAUGGUUGAUACUUUUACGGAUCUUCUGAAUAUCGUCUAUUAAUCAUGUUUACGAGUUUGUAUUAUCGUCGGUUAAUGGGUUGUCAUUUGGAGACAAGGCAGAGAUACAACACCCAUGUUUGGUUUUACAGACUAAUGUUAAAUCCUUGUAAUGACAAUAUUAUCUUAUCCACUUUUUUUUCUUUC